AUGUCAGCGAUUCCAGAUCGUUUUUCCACUCAGUUGGAGUUUCACCAUUCUCAAUAUGACGCAUACCAAUAUAUUCAACAUGCUCUUCAUAAGUACCCUCAAAACCUGUUUGAUGACUGA